AUGGCAUCGAAGACGAAAGAAAGGAAGCCGGGUCGUAUCACAAUUGCUUGUAAUGCGUGUCGGUCGCGGAAGCAGAAGUGCAGUGGAAAGAAACCUGUAUGUGAACAGUGUCUCGAAUACAACCGGCCAUGCAACUGGCCUGAACAACUCCGAAGAGGCCCGGAGAAGGGAUACGCAGAAGCACUGGAAAACAGACUCCAGCUCACAGAGAGCAUACUACUCAAUCUCCUUCCGCACGUCUCAGACAAGCAACUUGCCACAGCACUUCCUCCCAAAGAGGGCCGCCAAGAUCAUAGCACGCCCUACGUGCCAUUUCCAAGACUUGAAAAGAGAGGAAUAGAAUCUUGGUCACAAUUUCCUCUCGAUACUUCUCAUGGCAUCCGACGGUGGCAGCAUGCCUAUACCGACCCCGAAAGGGCUGGUUUGGAUGGGCAUCAGGAUCUACCAAGUCCCAAGAGAAGACGAUUACAGAACGAGGGAUCAUCCACAUGCAAUGAUACUUCGGCUUCGGCUUCAAUCCCGACCUCGGGAAUUGGAGGCGCAUUCAACGGAACAUUCUCUCCGCCGUCACUCAACAUCUCCAACUCGAUUGAGGAAUACCCGACGCGACCAACCAAGGCAAAUGAAGGAAACGUCCCGUUGCAGACAAUAAGCUCGUGGAACGGGGCUCCUUCAUCUGAGUUCCAGCGUCAGUUUCUCUGGUGA